CGGUCUCGAAGUAUAAGUCGUCGCUGAAGCUUCGCGCGCUGCUUGGCCGGUUGGGUGAUCCGAGCCAGUGCUACCUGGAGGUGCCGCCAAACGGGUGCGCAGGUGUGCGGAGCGCGGUGCGUCUUGGGCUGCCAGGGACACGGUUCAGGUCCGGUUUUUCCUUUGCCGGGUUGGGCUGCAGGGAGGGCACAGAGGAGCAGCUGGCCAGGGCCCGGGGGCGCCCGCGCUGACCAUCCGUCCGCCGCCAUGGCCGACCACCUGAUGCUCGCCGAGGGCUACCGCCUGGUUCAGAGGCCGCCGCCCGCCGCGCCCGUCCACAGCCCUCACGCGCUCCGGACUCUGCAGCCGUACGCGGGCCCAGGCGUGGACAGUGGGCUGCGGCCGCGGGGGGCUCCACUGGCACCGCCGCAGCUGCCGCCCCCACCCGGCGCCCUGGUGUACGGGGCCUUCGAGCCGCCGCCCGCCUUCCAACCCUUCCCGGCUGUGCAGCAACCGGCCACCGGCAGCGCGCACCUGCAGCCCAUGACGACGCUGUACCCGGGCCGCGCGCCCGCGCCCUUCGGCGUUCCGGGCGGCCCCUCGAGCCUGCAGCCGGUGCCGGGCGCUCCCGCCCCACCGCCACCCGCGCACGCCCUGGGCGGCAUGGACACCGAACUCAUCGACGAGGAGGCGCUGACGUCGCUGGAGCUCGAGCUCGGGCUGCACCGCGUGCGCGAGUUACCCGAGCUCUUCCUGGGCCAGAGCGAGUUCGACUGCUUCUCGGACUUGGGGUCCGCGCCGCCAGCUGGCUCCGUGAGCUGCUGAGCCCGGCCGACGCCCACCGGUCGUGCCCGAGAAGCGGCCUGUCUGCCCGCGGGACUCUGCACCAAGCAACUGGGCCGCGCACGCACCCUCCGUGAGGAUGGAGGCUGCGGGUCUGUGCACGGAGCCCGAGACCCGAGUGGGACGCCUGGAGUCGCCCUGGGCCCUACCUCCUGCUUCACUUUUCUGACCCAGUGCCUCAGCGGUAAAGUGAAGGGACUGACCAGCUUUCGGACUCCGGGUUCUUGGAUUCUGUGGCCUCUCUUUUCCCUCGGACCCUUCCCCCAAAUCUGAGCCAUUCCAGGCCUUGGCCUGAUUCCCCUUCUGCCCUCACUGCCGGAACUGGGUCCCCGGAGACGUCCAUCAUUUGAGUCCCACUCCAUUCCCCCUGGCUGGGCCCUGCUGUCGCUGGGCUUCAGCUAUGGGGAGGGGAAGAUUUGUGUAGUCCUAACUCCCCUGCCUCCCUCAGGCCUCCAACACCAAAAUAAAACUGGGUCACUUUA